GCCGGCCUGGCCUCCGGCAGCGGCAGGGCCCGGGGCUGCUGAGAUCUGCCAUUGGAUUAAAAUAGCAUCGUCUGUCCUGCCCUCCGGCUGCAGAGCCGCAGCAUUGUCUGGGAGCAGCAGGAAUGUGAAGAUGGCUGCAGACCUGGGAGAGCUGCUCGUGCCUUACAUGCCCACCAUCAGGGUGCCCAAGUCAGGGGACAGGGUCUACAAGACGGAGUGCGCCUUCUCCUACGACUCCCCUCUUUCUGAAGGAGGUCUGUAUGUGUGUAUGAGCACAUUCCUUGGAUUUGGAAGGGAACAUGUGGAGCGGCAUUACAGGAAGACGGGACAGAGCGUGUAUCUGCAUCUAAAACGCCAUGUAAGACAGAAAGAAACUGGAGCAUCUGGUGGAGCCCUUCCUAGACGUAUUAAUGGCAAGUUAUUUUUAGAUCUUGAAAUAGAUGCUGAUUUCAACAGUGAUGAUUAUGAACUUGAAGAUGAAGCCAAACUUGUUAUAUUUCCAGAUCACUUUGAAAUUGCCUUACCUAAUAUAGAGGAGCUCCCAGCUCUGGUAACCAUAGCUUGUGAUGCUGUUCUGAAUUCCAAGUCUCCGUACAGAAAGCUGGAACAGGAGUCCUGGGAAGAAGAACCACAAGUAUCAAAGUUUGCAAAUAACCUUGUGCAGAUAGACAAUGGUGUAAGAAUUCCACCAAGUGGCUGGAAAUGUGCUAAAUGUGAACUACGAGAAAACUUGUGGCUUAACCUGACCGAUGGUUCCAUAAUGUGUGGGAAAUGGUUUUGCUCAGGCAGUGGUGGGAAUGGACAUGCCUUAGAGCACCACAAGCAGUUGGGCUACCCUCUGGCUGUGAAGCUUGGAACUAUUACACCAGAUGGAGCAGAUGUGUAUUCCUUUGAUGAAGAAGAAACUGUAUUAGACCCUCACCUUGCCAAACAUCUUGGGCAUUUUGGGAUUGACAUGCUACAAAUGCAAGGGUCAGAGAAUGGUGUGAUGGAUAAUGAAGUUAAACCAAGGGUUAGUGAGUGGGAAAUCAUCCAAGAAACUGGACUUAAGUUGAAACCAAUGUUUGGCUCUGGAUACACUGGUAUUAGGAACCAGGGGAACAGCUCCUACCUCAGCACAGUGAUGCAGGUCAUCUUCAGCAUACCAGAAUUCCAGAGAGCUUAUGUAGGAAAUCUGACCCGGAUAUUUGACUAUGCUCCUCUGGAUCCCACACAUGACUUCAGCACCCAGAUGGCUAAACUCGGUCACGGUCUGCUCUCUGGACUGUACUCAAAGCCACCAGUGAAAUGUGAGCUGAUAGAGCAGGUGAUGAAAGAAGAGCACAAGCUUCAACCGAAAGGAAUUACAACUCGAAUGUUCAAAGCCUUUAUAAGCAGAUGGCAUACAGAGUUCUCCUCAAACAGACAACAAGACGCUCAAGAGUUUUUCUUGCACCUUAUUGGUCUGGCAGAGAGAAACAGCAUCGGCUCAGAAAAUCCCACUGAUGUCUUCAGGUUUCUAGUAGAAGAGCGGACGCAGUGUUGCCAAUCAAGAAAGGUUCGCUACACCGAAAGAGUUGAUUAUAUCAUGCAGUUACCUGUGGCUAUGGAAGCGGCAAUAAAUAAAGAUGAUUUGAUUGCCUAUGAGCUAAAGAGAAGAGAGGCAGAAAGUGCAAAAAGACCACCCCCGGAAAUAGUGCGCGCUAGGAUCCCAUUCAGUGCCUGUAUUCAGGCAUUCUCUGAGCCUGAGAAUGUGGAUGACUUCUGGAGCAGUGCUCUUCAAGCCAAGUCUGCAGGUGUUAUGACAUCUCGCUUUGCUUCAUUCCCAGAAUACCUGGUAAUCCAGAUAAAGAAGUUUACAUUUGGUCUUGACUGGGUACCUAAAAAACUUGAUGUAGCAGUGGAAAUGCCUGAUGUCCUGGAUGUUAAUAAUCUCCGAGCUAAAGGUCUGCAGCCAGGAGAAGAAGAGCUCCCAAACAUUGCUCCUCCCAUUGUUAUUCCAGAUGACCCCAAAGAUCGUUUCAGGAACCAUUUCAUGGAAGCUCCUGACAUAGACGAGUCUUCUGUCAUGCAGCUGGCUGAGAUGGGUUUUCCACUGGAGGCUUGUCGGAAGGCUGUCUACUACACUGGAAGCAUGGGUGCAGAAUUAGCUUUCAACUGGAUAAUUGCACACAUGGAAGAUCCUGAUUUUGCAGAGCCAUUAAAUAUCCCUGGAUUCGCUGCUGCAUCUGCUCAACCAUCCUAUGAACUCCAUGCACAGAUCAACCUACCACCAGAAGAGAUCGUAGCUCUGAUCACAUCCAUGGGUUUCCAGAGAAGGCAAGCUAUUCAGGCGUUGAGGGCAACAAAUAACAAUCUGGAGCGAGCCCUUGACUGGAUAUUCUCUCACCCUGAAUGUGAAGAUGAAGCUGCUAAUACUUCACAAUCUGUGGAUGAUGAAAACAAUCACCAAUCAAAUGGAAUCCUGACCGACAAUGAACAAGAAGGCCCUCGCGUAAAAGACGGAAACGGAAGGUAUGAACUGAUUGCCUUUAUCAGUCAUAUAGGAACAUCGACGAUGUCUGGGCAUUAUGUGUGUCACAUCAAAAAGGAAGGAAGAUGGGUGAUUUAUAAUGACCAUAAAGUUUCAGCCUCUGAGCGACCACCUAAGGACUUGGGCUACCUUUACUUCUAUCAUAGGAUAGCUUGCUGAGCCUUCACUAAGGGAGCUGCCAGGGCGUUUAUACCACCUCAAGAAAGAAUGCCGGACUGCCAGAAGCCCCAAGAGAAAUUUACAGUAUUGUUUGCUUAAAGAAAACUUAUGUUUGCUGCUUGGUUAAGCGUAAUACUGGAAAUUUCGACUUUGCAAAACCAUAAAUUGUUUUGUGCAAUUUUAAAUGAGAACGGAUGAGUGUGUUACCUUUUACUUCACUACAAACGUUAGGAAUGUUUGCUGUCUUGGAACAACUGAUAACUGGAAAUAAGUGAGGAUAGAAGCUGUCGCCUAAGUGUGCAAGGAAUCCACUAUGUUUCUGUAGUUUGUUAAUAUUGCUCAGCAGGUGGCGCUGUUACUACAUGUCUGAAUGCAGAGUGGAAGCAUGCAGCCGAUCUAGGUUAUAAAGUAGCUGAAAAAGGCUUAUAAAUUGUCACCGAUAACUAAUAUUCACCCCAUGUCGACAUAAUAUGCAAAUGGUUCCAACUGAAUAGAUAGACGGGAAUAUAAAUAGAUAGGAAUUUAUAGAGCGAGUGCGACGUAUCCCAUUCUCCAGCCCUUAUUCUUUUGUUUUAGUAAUCUCCUUUAAGCCUCUGCUAAGUCCUUCUUUGCAAUCUGUGUACUUUGCUGGCAAAGUUAUAGAUGUAGUUCAGUAUUAGAACCUCUUGAGAAGAUGCGCUCACAUUUUCAUGUGAUUCCCUUUUGUAAACCCAAGGCAGUCAGUAGGAUUACUUACCAUCUAAGACAGACAUACUGACUCGCCCGGAGGCUCAGCAAAGAUUACAGAGCACUUUCUGAGUGCUGCAGUUACAUGCUCCCUCCAAACCUUCACUUGUAUUGUCUGUAUUUGUUAUCAUCCAUACAGAGCAGAUAUAUUCAGAAUGAUGAGCAUUCUGGGGGUGACGAGAACCUCUCUGCUAGGUCUUAGACUGCAGUAGUAUCGGACACGUACUAGAGACUCCUUUAUUAAUUUUGUCAUGCAUCUUAUCACAGAGCUUGAAGUGGCCAUCCUCAUUCUGAUAGACUGAACACAAUUGAAAUCAACGUUAAAGACGUUUUUUAGGGUGUAAGGAGUGGUAUAAAAAAAGUGCCGCUAAUCCAAUGGUAUCAUUUUCUGAAUGGAGCUGAUAACGUGCAGUCUAAGCACAUGACAGCAGCAGUCAAUUGCUGGCUUCAGCGGUCUCAUCUGUACGACUAAACUGAUGAGGCCAUUGAUUGGCGGUAAUAGUCAUGUGGCUGGACAGCAUAUAAUCUGCUGCAUGGAAGUGUACAGAGACUGACUCUGCUGAACCGGUCAGAGACGGUGGCAUGCCCGGAUACUACAGUAUUUUCUGGAUAACCCCUUAAUGGAGUAUAAAAAAUAGUAUAAAAAAAAGACACAGGUCCAUCAAGUCCAACCUAUAACCCUAACAUGCUAAUCCAGAGGAAGGCAAAACCCCUUAAUUUGCCCCAUAUUAGAGAAAAAAUCCCUUUCUGCCUCCAUGUAUGUCAGAAUAAAUUGCUGGAUCGACACCCAUAACUUAAAAAUAUCUUACUUUUCAGAUAAAAUAUGCCCAAAGUUUUGAAAUGUCUAUUGGCCUGAAACUAUGAGGUGUCCCUUCUGUUGAAGCCAUUGCCUGCAGUGGUGACCCCUGUCAGCCAGCGAUUGGCUGCACAAGUGUCUUCAGGCAUUUCCUGCGUAUUAAGAUAAAACCAGGAAAACUGGGGAGCGGCAGGGGGUCAGAGGAAGAAUAUGGGUUUUUGGUGGCCUUUUCUAAUUUUACCUCCUGAACAAGCCAUUGAAUGUGCACUAUACAUCGGUGAUAUAUUGUUUUGUUCCUUAUUAUAAAUCAAAUAUAUUUCUUAUAGUUGAUACAAAGAGAACAAAGACCUUAAAAUUGCUCUUUCUGUUUUUACAGAUGAAUCAUUAAAUUGUAGUCAACAAAAUGCAUAAUUGGUUGAUGACAAAACUUGGGUAGUGACCAAGACGAUUGAGGCCGAGCCAAGUGUUAUUUUAAUUAGUUAUUAAAUCUGUGCCCAUAUACACUGGUUUGUAGUACAAAGAUUCAGUAUGUGAGGCUGAGACUAUUGUGUGUGUGUGUGUGUGUGUAUAUAUAUAUAUAUAUAUAUAUAUAUAUCUCCUAAGUCAUGAAGAACGCUGAGAACACAGCCUGACUCGCACACAUUUACUUUGCUGACUCAGGUUUUUUUUAACGUUACCGAGUCAGAAUACCUGCCUGGAAUAGAAUUCCCCUGACUGUGUACGAGAGCCAUUGCCAUUUGGCUUCAUUUGCAGAGUCCUGUCUAAAGCAAUCACAUGAAUUCAGGAUUACAAAGGCAUUUAUAGGUUGUGACCAGCCUGCCAACCAGCUCCGAGAAAGAUGCAGUGAUAUAUAUCGCCAUAUAGUGCAGCAUUUACCAAAAUGUCAACUCCACUUUGUCAUUAUCUGUUUGGCUUUGUCUUCAUUUUUCCAGUUUGAGCAACUUAAAGGGGUAUCUCGUUAUAUAUAAGGUUUAUCCCAUGGAACCCCCCUGAAAUGAACUGAGGGGCCGGUCGGCCAUGUGUACGGCCACUCCAUUCAUUUCUAUGAGAGUUCUGAGCACUGUACUUUGCCAUCUCCUGAACGCCCAUAGAAAUGAAUGGGGCGGCUGUGUGCAUGCCCAAUUGAACACUUCGAGGUACAAGAUUGGUAGGGGUCUCAGAGGGAUAACUUUAUACAACCGGAAUACCACUUUAAGUAUCAUGUACUGUAUAAUAAAAAAUUAUGAAAUUUUG